AUGCCCCGGCAUCUGUUUUCCUCUGCUGCGCUGCCGCUGCUCCUCCUCUGCGCGCUGCUGAUGUGCGGCGGCGGCUGGACUGUGCUCGCUGAGGCGGAGGUGGCUGGCCCGAGCCCAGGGACAGCAGAGGCCCCUUGUGGGGCACCGCCAGCUGCGUUUCCGACGCCGUCCGCCCCCUCGUUCACCGCCCCGUCGCUUGUCGAGGUGAGUGGCGGGCUUGUCGCCAUCGCGCAAGCCAUCAGCGGCGGCGCGACAGCUGUGCUGGCGAAGCGCAUUGCGUCUGCCGCAUCGACUGAGCUCUGGACGGUGGCUGCCGCCACUGAGGUCGCCGCACCCGCACAAGACGCCGUCAGCACACCGGGGAAUAAUGAGGUGUCUUUCCUCUCCAGCCCCACUCCGGUUGUAAAGGACGGCAGGAUCUACCUUUUUGUUCACGGUGCGCGUGAGUCUCAGGGGGCCGUGGGGGGCGCCGCCCAGAUGUACCCCUACCUUCUCGUUGGGGCAGUUACAGAGGCGGCGGGGAGCGAGGAGCCGAAGCAGAAAACCCUCAGUAGGAGCGCCCCCAACUGGACCUCUGGCCUCAGCCCGCCGAUUGAGGAGAGAUUCGUGGCGUUUUCUCUCGGCGGAGGCGCGGGGGUUGUGACGGCGGACGGCACGCUUGUCUUCCCGGUGCAGGCCACAAAGAGAAAGGCGACGGGGGACACAGCUGGAAAAACCGUCUCGCUGGUCUUGUACUCCAGCGACCCUGAGAAGGGGAGUUGGCGGCUGUCGGCGGGGACGUCUGCGGAGGGCUGCGGUACUCCCUCCGUCGUGGCGUGGGAGGACAACAAACUGUUCAUGAUGGCCGCGUGCGAGGACGGCCGCCGCAGAGUUUACGAGUCGGAUAAUAAAGGGGAGACGUGGACGGAGGCGCUCGCGACGCUCUCGCGCGUGUGGGGCAAUGCACCUGCAUCUGCUGGGCCCCACGUUCAGAGCGGCUUUGUCACUGCGACGAUUGAGGGAAGGAGAGUGCUGCUCGUUUCCCUGCCGGUGCAUUCGGAGAAAGAGCCAAACAAAAAGGGCCAACUCCACCUUUGGGUCGCCGAUACCGCCCACGUUGCCCCGAAGAGAGGACGGCGGCGGUAUUCAUCGAUUACGCCAGAGCCUUUGACUCCGUGGAUCAUGGCUGCAUCAUGCAAGCACUACAGUCUUUUGGUAUCUCUCCGGUUCUCCAACGGUGGAUUGGCUCUUUUCUGGGUGGCCGAACUGCACGAGUGCGUGUCAACAACACCUACUCCAGGGAUGUGA